AUACGUCCCAAGAGUAUUGUGCUGAUCACAUCCUAAAAUGGCCAAGUGGAGCAUUGUCGCGUUGGCGCUGGUCGGGUGUGCUCUCGCCGAGCCCCCAGUGGGUUACAGCUACUCCGCCCCCUCAUCAUCCUUGAUCGUGGUCGGAGGAGGCCACAGCUCCGGAGGCCUUAGCCAUGGAGGUCAUUACACCCGCGUCCCAGUGGGCCACCAGACCUCAGAAGGCUACAACGUCGACCCCCAUCUCCUCGAGAAGAUAAAGCACAUCAUCCUUAAAGACGAGAUCCAGAACCAGGCCUACCAAUCAGCCUCUGCAUCCCAUGGUCAUGGACACGGCAUAUCUUCUCACUACGGCCCACCAGCACCAGUCUACGGUGUUCCUCACGACAGAAUUGUUGGCAUCGAACUCGAUCAUAUCCAACAAGGUCUCCAAGUCGCUCAAUACCACCAGGCUGAAGAAGGAUACGCUGGCGGUUACGCCGGUGGUUACGCCGGUGGAUACGCCGGUGGAUACUCGGGCGGUUACUCCGGUGGAUAUUCCAGCGGUGGUCACGGAGGAUACUCCGGCGGUGGCGACAGUCACGGCUCCAUCUCCUACUCCGCCCCCUCAGUCACUUACACGACAAUCGGUGUGCCAUCCGGCUCAUACGGAGUCCCAUCUCCCUCAUCGUCCUACGGCGCCCCCCAUCAUUAAACGAAACGCAAACUUAGUCAUCUCAUCCCAUUAAUGUUAAAAAAUCAUGUGAUCGCAUCCUAGAUUUAAUAUGUAUUAUAUUGUUGUUAAUGUAAGUUUCUGUAAAUAUACCUCCUUUUUUGUAACAACA